AUGCCGUGUGCUCGUCCGGAUAUCAGUUACUCCGUCGGAUACCUUGGCAGAUACCAACAGAAUCCUGGUGACCUCCACUGGCAGUCACUGAAAAGAAUUGUUCGCUACUUGAAAGGCACAAAGGAGUUAAAGCUGCAGUACACCAAGAAGGAUGGUCCCACUACUCUCGUAGGAUUUGCCGACGCCGAUUGGGUUUCAGACGCCGUAGACCGAAAGUCGGUUAGCGGCUUCGUGUUCCAAGUGUUUGGCUGCACAGUUUCCUGGGCUAGCAGGAAGCAGCAGAUGGUAGCCUUAUCAUCCAGUGAAGCUGAGUAUGGUGCGCUGAGCUUAGCUGUCUCGGAAGGCUUAUGGCUGAAAGGAAUUCUUAUGGACCUUUACAUGCUGUCAUCGGAUCAAAUGUUCACGAUUUACGAAGACAACCACGGAUGUAUUUCAAUGGCGAAGAACGUAAAAGGGCGAAACAUAUUAAUGUCAAGCACCACUUCUUGCGUGAUUACGUCAACAGGGGAACUCUGA